GUUGUUCCUAAAAGCGGAAUAUAAUUUUUCAUCCAAGUUAAUAAAGAAAAAAGCGACAUCGUUUUAAUAUAAAAAUUUACGGAAGAAAAAGCAGGAAACGAGGAAAAAGCAGGAUUUACGGACACUUAUCUGAAGUAUGUAAUUUUAUCUCGAAAUAGUCGAAUGCAAAAAAAAGAGGAAAAAAAAAAGAAGAAGGGAAAGACAAAGGCAAGCAGACGCAUAUAGACGACAAGGACGAAGCAUCAGUUUAUCAAAGAACUUUUUUCAAAAUGUAGCCAGUAAUUAAUACUCGUCCAGGUUUCUCAUGGGUUUUUCUUUCUCCGUCAUAAAAGCUUGAUCGUAAAUCUGGGAGGAAGUUUCAACAAGGAUAUUUCCUUUAGCUCCGUAGUAUUGUAUAAGAAGAAAAAUGUCUUGUCAGAGUAGCUGUGGAGAGGCAAGGCGUACGAGCACUUUACCCCCGCCGUGCUGUCAUAUAAGACCAGCGCCGUUUUGCUGUCCAAAGGAUGGUUGUCCACCGAUGCAGCAGUGUCCACCUAAGCGAUGCUGUCCUCCUCCCACGUGCUUGCCAUUAAUCUGCAGAGAACGGCCUUGUCCUCCACCACCGCCACCGACCGUAUGCGUAGCGGGACCAUGUCCGAUACGACCCUGUCGAGUAAAAUGCGAAUGUCCGAGACCUAAAAUAGAACCACCACCGUCUUGCGUUCGAUUCUGCAUACGCUGCACGUGCGAAGGAUCAACCUAUGCUCCUUGCUACUUCUCAAGCCUGCCUAUGUGUCCGCGUAUCGAUUGCUGUUAACGGGUUACGUUGGUGCAUCGUUUGCGAUUUUAUCAGAACAUAUAAAUUCGACUUACAUAGGGAGUAUUUCUAUAGAGUUUCAUUUUGAUGUAGCGCAAUAAGAGAAAUUCGAUUAAUCAAGCUAAAAGAUUAAUUACACAACUUCGAAGCAAGAAAAUCGUCAAAUUUGUCCAAACACGAUUCGUAGAUCUCUCUUAUAUAAUAUAAUUCUGGAGAAGUUUAAAGGAGAAUACGAGCAAUGCAGACGACUCGCACGGCUAAAGCUCAGAGCGCGUCCGUGAACGUUCGGUCUUAUAAUUAGUUAAUUAACAGAGAAGCGAAACAACAUUCCGUGUAGCGAGUUUGUGAUAAAGACAAAGCUCUUGGCCACUUAGAAAAUUAUGCAAUAAGAAGCUCUACCGUAACUGGCUGCCAUCUGAAACCAGCGAGCAAGUUUUCGUGCCUCCUUACUGAUGUCCCGCUUUGGUCUUACGUUAGAACAGUUGUCUCGUCGAUUUAUUAUCUGACACUUUGCCGUAGUUACACCGUGACUUAAUCUUCUGUACAAACGUACGAACAAACAGACGUUUCCUUUCUCGAUUUCGAAAGCUUCGCUUCGUAAAUAUGUAUGUAGGUGCAAUGUACAUUCGUACUUAUCUACGUGCGAUAAAGUCCGUUCGAUAUAUCACUGGUGAAAUCUAAUGACAUUAAUUCUACUAGGAACUUUCUAUUAAUAUCAUAAUCUUGUAUUUGUCAAGCUCACGAUUCGAGGACUCCGAACGUAUACGUCCGCGAAAUCUCGUAUUUCUCGGAUCAUAUUUCGCCGAUCGAGUAAUGAAAUAAAAAUAAUUUAGCUGGGCUCGAAAAAAUGGUACUAAAGUUCUUUUUUUCUUUUUUUUUUCCUUUUGUUUCCUUCUCGGGAAACAUUAUGACGAUUACGUCGAGAGAAACGAUGAGGGUACGAAUACGGUCGUCCGUAGGGGGUGUACGACUAAACGUCGAUCACGGCCAAUUUAUUUGGCGAUGUAUGCACGACCGUUAAGCCGAUUAAUGCAAUCACCCGCGGAUAUAUAGAGAUCGAUCGUGAACAUCGGUCGCCCGUAUAAUACCUGCAUUAUCUGUCAUUAAAGCGAACGCAGAAUGCGUUUUGGUCCUCUCGAUAUCGCUACGUUUCCCUUCUCCUUUUUUUUGUCCUUUCAUUUCUGUACAGGAUGGUUCAUUUAAGAUGAUCCGUCGAAGGUUGCAGGUCGAAAGCU